GAUUAUUAUGAUAAUUUUCAACAGAAAAACUUGUUCCUUUAAAUCUUGAUGCCGAACAUAUAUCUAAAUAUACAAGUUCAUGUUUGACAUUCAUGUCUCCAGUCCUCAGUGAAAUCCUUCGUUCCGGGUUUAUGAUCAAUUCCUCCCUCAGGCGCAGGACCCACUUAGUUCAAUCUUUCUCUGUUGUUUUCCUUUACUGGUUCUAUGUCUUCUCAUAAUUCUCCUACCUUCAUUUCACUUUUUUAUUAUAUGAUUAACUAGUACUAAUAAUAAUAUUAAUAAUUAUCUAUAUUAGUCUUCCUGGGGGUCUUGCGUCUUAAUUUUUAUAAUUUCAAAGUUACAUAAAUAAUUUCGAGCAUAUAAGGUGAGUGUCUUUGGUGUAAAUAUUUAAUGGCCUCAUCCAGUGGAAACUCCAGCAUGUGCACGAAAUUUCAAAGUUCUGGGUCUGAGGAGGAUUUGCACUUUCAGCUUCUGAUGGAUCAAAGAAAGAAUAAGAGAAAGCAAUCGAAUCGUGAAUCAGCAAGAAGAUCUCGGGCGAGAAAGCAGAAGCACAUGGAUGAUCUCAUUGCUGAAGUGGAAAUGCUUUGUAAGCAAAACAGUGAGAUACUCACAAGGGUGAACGUCACCACACAGCACUAUCUUAAGGUCGAGGCUGAGAAUUGCAUUCUGAGGGCCCAGGUCGGUGAACUUAGCCAAAGUCUUCAAUCACUGAAUGAUAUCAUCGACCUCAUCAACACAACAACUACAGGGGUCUACCAAAACGAUUGCUAUGCUGAUAAUUAUUAUAACAACAACAAUAAUAAUAAUAAUUUCAUGAACCCCAUCAACAUGGCCUAUCUUAACCAACCAAUUGUGGCCUCUGCAGAUAUGUUUCAGUGGUGAAUCUUAAAAGGGGCAAAAGUACAUAUGCUAGCUUGUAUUGUACUAGUGUUCUGUUGGGAAUUGCGUCAUGUUAGAAUCAUUGAGUGUUGAGUAAGGGAAAAUAAUACAUUAGUGGAGUUGUUGUACCUUGGGUGAGGCAAUGUUUGUUAGGAUAUUAUUAGAUUGGCAGAACUUGCAAAUUGCAAUAAAUGCUUAAAUGAAAUAUUAUAUAGUGGCAUGGCAUCGUUCUGCUGUUAGGUCCCACUGUCCAAUGUUUUCGAAAAAUGGACGUCGGUGUAAGUGCAUUUGCUGCUUUUUUCUUUUUUAUAUUAUUAGUGUAUGUAUGAAUGU